CCGCCACCGAAACUCCGAAUUUGGUUUUUUGUACGGUUAGAGCUUUUGUGAAGAAGAAGAUCCUUUGCGGUUGAUGUUGUACGUGUUUUAAGGGAGAAAUUUUACAAUGCUAUAUAGUAUUGGUGCUAUAGGUUUUUGUCUUUAUGGUACAACUUAAAAUUGUACAUUUACGUUAUAGUACAACUUCAAAUUGUACCUAUACUUUUUGUACAAAUUCUUUUAUGGUACAACUUGAACUUGUACCUUUAUGUGAUGGUACAACUUCAAGUUGUAAAGUUGUACCAUAACAUAAUGGCACAAAUUGCUUUAUGGUACAACCUAAACUUAUACAUUUAGUGUUAUGGUACAACUUUGAGUUGUACAUUAAAGCACCGAUGCUAUAUAGCAUAGUAGAAGUGCUCGUUUCAAUGGGUCGACCUUUAGCUCUCGCCGUCAUCUUGUCUAAUUCGUAAUUUGCAUCGUUUAAUUUGAUAUUUUGUUGCAUGCAGAAGACCACCCGAAAAAGUGAAUUUAGGGCACAACACUCGGACUUCUGUACUUGCGAGGUAAGGAAGAUCAAACCCAAUAGGUCGACCUAAUUCUUAUCAUGGUCGACUGUUUUUGUUUGUUUUGCUUGUUUAUCCAGAAUAUCGAAUUUGGCUUUGUUUGUAAGGCUAUGUUGUGCUUAAAAGGUCGGCCGGUCAAUGUGUCUGGUUGACCUAUCAAUUUUUCGUGGUAGUAUUACACAUAUUUUUGUUGGUAAAUUGGUAUUAUUCUGCUAGAUAAGUCGACUUAGGAAGAGCAAAGGUCGGACUAAUUGGUUUUGGUAGUGACAACUUACGUCUUUAAGGUCGACCUAAUAAUAUUUCAGGUUGACCACUUCUUUGUUGUUGGUCAUUUGUACAAAAUUAGAGUGACCACCUUAGGAGAUUCGGUCGACUGCAGUUAAGAAUAGAUCGACCGAGUUGUACAAGUUACAGUGAUUUGCAAGGCACCAUAGUCGCACCUCAAUUUAGAGGAUGUUAUUAAACGAUAAGUAUAAAUUUGUAUAUAGUCCACAAGUAGUUGAUUAGCCAAAAGCCCAUAAAUAAUGUGUAAUUAGUCCAUGCAGCCCAUGGACAGUCCGCGGAUUAAAUAUUGAACUCCAUUUAUAUAUGGUUCCACUUGUAUAUAUUGAUACUAUUUAUCUUGCUAUGGAACUCAACAAAGGUGAUAGAAAAACUCGUAGUUUGAAGGACUCUAAUUUGUUUAUGGAUUAGUCUUCGAAUUUCAGAAAUAUCACAUAAAAUCGGAUUGUUUCUCGCGGUUUAAUUCAAUUGUGAUUGCUUGUUGAAUUUUAUUUUGUUGGCGUGAAAUAUUUGAUGAAACUUUAUUAAUUUGCCACUUAGUUAACUAUAUAAAGAAAAAUAUUAAAAGUCAGAACUCGAGAAGGAUGAAUGAAAUUCGCAAACAUGCAAACAAAAGGCACCAAACUAAAAUAUUAAGGCUUAAUGAUUUGGGCACCCCAAAAUCCAUUAUUCUUUCCUUCAAGGCUUCAACCCCUUCUUCUCCAUAAUAGCCAGCUCAAUUUUGUUUUUCCUAAAAUUGCUAUCUGAUAUGGGCAUAUACUAAAGCCACUUUGUGUUACAAAGCAACCACACAGAAUGAUACCCAUCGCAGUCCACAAAGCAAAAGCAAGGAACCAAAACCAAAGGUCUAUCUUGACAAGGACUCUUCCUCCUCACAAAAACACAAUCAACGACAAACCAACUCGGUCCAACCCAAAUUGUUAGAUUGAGCCAACUCUCCCAUGUAUUAUCCAAUUUCACAUUUAGUCAGUGAUCAAACGUUACGAAAAUACGGUUCAUUUUUUACUCUCGCAAUACAAUAUGUGGACUAAAUCAACUCUUAUUUCAUCUCAGAACUUCAUUAAUGUCCAUUUGCUCCGAUCAUGAUCUAAUUCAUUACACAAAAUAUGCUUCAAACAAUCCUAAAAUUCUUUUUUUUUAACAUCCUAACAAACUCUAUAAGUCUUCUGGUUCAAUCCACAAAUCGAACCGCUACCCCCUUAAAUUGUGACCUAUCGAUACUUACAGGGCCAAAUGAUGGCCCAACCCUAAAUUAACACCGUAACCAAACAUACACAUCUCAACACUCAGAAUCGAAUCAAACCAGACCAGCUAAAUUAAUAGUAUCUAGGGUCAGACUUACAACUCUACCCACACCUAUGACCAAAAUUCACAUCACAAUUUAAACACCUACCCCUCUCUUCCUUAUAUGUUAGGUCUUUCCAUCUCACAACCCCAAAAACACCCUCCACCCAAACCCAAAAAAAAAAAAAAAACAUGGGACUUUGUUUCACAAGAAGCAAGUCUCAUGACAUCCCAAUCUCCUCUUCCUCUUCCCCUUCCCCCUCCCCUCCUCCCACCAUCAAAUCAAAACCCCCAAAAUACCCCUCAUCAUCUCAAUUCUCCCAACCCAUCCCCAAACCACCCUCUUCCUCCUCCUUCCCACAACCCCAAAUCGGCCCCAUCCUCAACAAGCCAUACGCCGACGUUUCGUCCCUCUACGACAUCGGCCGGGAGCUCGGCCGCGGCCAGUUCGGCAUCACCUACCUCUGCACCGAGAAAUCCACCGGCCGGAACUUCGCCUGCAAGUCAAUAUCCCGCCGGAAGCUGGUCAACAAGAAGGACAUCGAGGACGUGCGGAGGGAGAUUCUGAUCCUCCAGCACCUCACCGGCCAGCCCAACAUCGUCGAGUUCAGGGGAGCGUACGAGGACAGGCAGGAUGUGCAUUUGGUCAUGGAGCUCUGCUCCGGCGGCGAGCUUUUUGACCGGAUUAUUGCCAAGGGGAGCUACUCGGAGAAGGAGGCGGCGAGGGUGAUUAGGCAGAUCGUGAACGUGGUUCACGUGUGUCAUUUCAUGGGGGUUAUGCAUCGGGAUUUGAAGCCGGAGAAUUUCUUGCUGGCGAGUCGGGAGGACGAUGCGCCCAUUAAGGCUACCGAUUUUGGGCUCUCGGUUUUCAUCGAAGAAGGAAAAGUAUACAAAGAACUUGUUGGGAGUGCAUAUUAUGUGGCUCCAGAAGUGUUGAGAAGAAGCUACGGAAAAGAAAUAGACGUGUGGAGUGCUGGAAUUAUCUUGUACAUACUUCUAAGCGGGUUUCCUCCAUUUUGGGCUGAGACCGAGAAAGGGAUAUUCGACGCAAUUCUGGAGACGAAUCUGGACUUGCAGAGCACACCAUGGCCCAAGAUUUCGGAUUCAGCCAAGGACCUCAUUAGCAAAAUGCUGGCAAGAGACCCUAGGAAACGGAUUACUGCUGCUCAAGCACUUGAGCAUCCAUGGUUGAAAGUGGGCGGGGACGCUUCUGAUAAGCCAAUUGACAGUGCUGUUUUGUCAAGGAUGAAGCAGCUUAGAGCCAUGAACAAGAUGAAGAAGCUUGCUUUGAAGGUAAUAGCAGAGAACCUUUCCGAAGAAGAAAUCAAGGGCUUGAAACAGAUGUUCAAGAACAUGGACACAGAUGGAAGUGGAACCAUCACUUACGACGAGCUCAAAGCUGGGUUGACGAGGCUAGGAUCCAAGCUCUCUGAAGCAGAAAUGAAGCAGCUAAUGGAUGCUGCCGAUGUAGACAAGAAUGGGACGAUCGACUACGUCGAGUUCAUAACGGCAACAAUGCAUCGGCAGAGGCUGGAGAAGGAAGAGCACUUGUUCGAAGCCUUCCAGUACUUUGACAAGGAUGGAAGUGGGUUUAUCACAAGAGAUGAGCUUAGACAUGCCAUGUCACAAUAUGGUAUGGGUGAUGAAGAUACCAUCAAUGAGAUCUUAGAUGAUGUUGAUAUCGAUAAGGAUGGCAAGAUCAACUAUGAGGAAUUUGUAGCCAUGAUGAGAAAAGGAAAUGCAGGAUCUUAGAGAUAAAGUUUGGAUGAAGAUGCACAAGUUAUUUUAUGUUUAUUAACAUUUAUAUGAAGAGGAAAUUGAAGUCUUGUUCUUUCCCCAAUAAUUUGACUUCUGAACUAAAAUGAAAAGAUGUCUUCAGUAAUGAGAAAAUGUAUAUAAGUGCAUAAUAUGGUCACAUAUUUCAUUACGGUCAGCAUAUGUAAAUUUGGUUCGAGUGCCAUUGUUCAAUACAUCUUAAGGUUUUAA